AUGCAAGCUGCUGCCGACGCGUCCAAUCUCCUUCGGUCAGAGGCAGAGCUAGUCCUUGAGGAAUCAAGAAAGCAGAAAGCGGAGAAAACAAAGCAUCUCGGAUCUCCCAUCGAGCUUCCAGGGAAGGCUCUCGGAAUAGAGGUUCGAGGUAAUUAUGCAUGGAUUGCGGAGAAUACAGCAGUGGCGCGGAAAGUCAGUCUAGAGUCAGGCAAAACACUACAGCUGUUUCGCGGGCAUUCCGCUCCAGUUACAUGCCUUGCGUUUUUUGACAAAGAGCCUGGGUCUGUUUUAGGAGAUGUCUUGAUCACCGGCUCAUGGGACCAAACGAUCAAGGUUUGGAACACGGAGACGAAAGAGCUGAUUUCAUCGACUCCUGCCCACUCUGACUUCGUCAAGUCACUUUGUGUCGUUCCCUCCCUAGCCUUGUUGAUCUCCAGCAGUUCCGACAAGACACUCAGAUUCUGGGACCUCUCGACGUAUCAAAAUGGACAGCCAUUGCACUCUGUCGGUUCGCUUUCUGCACAUACACGUCCAGUAGAGUCCUUGAACGCGUACCCGUUGUCUGACUCGUCUGCUAUUCUGUACACCGCCGACACCAUGGGCGUCAUCAAAGUAUGGGAGCUUACGAAAGAAAAUAGCGAUCCACCUCGAUGGCGCAGCACGAUGCGCGAAGAGCUCAACCAUCACCGUACGAGAAUCAACGAGGUAGUUUACGGAAAUGGGCAAUUGUGGACAGCAUCAUCAGACGAUACAGUGCAGAUGUGUCAGCAAUCCCCAGCCACUGCGACGUCAGAUUCUGCAUCAAAGCCGCCACCUCCCAUCACUCAUCCUGUGGCUGUCAAGGCAGUCCUCCCCCUCGCCCUCUCCCCGCUUGCAGAGCCGUAUCUUCUCACUGGCGCAGGGGACGUCAUUCGCGUUUACGACAUCUCGACGCUUGAGGAGCCCGAACUCCUGUGUGAGGUGGACGCUCACUGGCAUGACGUCACUGCGCUGCGACUCUGGAUGCGGAAAACACCUGUUAAAGGCACAGGUGGCCAGUUCAAGGUAGAACCAUGGAUUGUCAGUGCCAGUCUGGACGGGACCAUCAGGAAGUGGAGGCUAAGCGAACUGCUGAGCCCUCCGCCUCCGGUUCCAGUCACAAAGCUCCCCGUACCGACGCCUCCUCCCGAACCGUCUAACGUUUUCCAAAUGUCAGAAGAGGAGGAACGUGAACUUGCAGAGCUCAUGGACUCGGAUUGA